GCUCCUCCUCCCCGUCCACCCAAAAAUACCUCAAUUAAUUCAACAAUUCAGAAUCAUCAAAAUUUAAACGAAAACCAAACUAAUGGAAUUAAAAAUGAGGAAACUUCCUCACCAUUAAUUUCAAUUCGCCCAUUAGAAUCCUCACCAAGAAAAAAACAAAUAUUUUCUAAUGGAAGAGAAGGAGGGGCUAAUACACCCCCUUCACCGCUUAGAAUGACUCCUUUACGUCCACAACAACAAUUAAAAAAUGGAAAUUCUCAUCAGAAUUUUGCAACGGCAACAACAGAUUCCUUUUCAUCUUCUCCACCUCCCCUUCCACCUCCAUCAACAUUUUAUCCUGACCGUUCAUUAUCUAAAUUAGCCCCUACUAGCAAUAAUUCAAUUUUAAGUUCAUCUCCAAUUUCUGAAUUAACUUCUUCCUCUAUAUCCCCUUCUGGAGAUUCUUUAAGAGAUAGCGAAUUAAUGCGUCCGCCAAAUAUUAAAAUUAUAUCUUCAAUUAAUUCUACUAAAAGACAUUCCCCGAUUGAUUCUAUAGCAGCACCUAUUGCUUGUAAAGACGAGCUUUGAAAAUGAUAGAAUUGAGGCUUUAUACAUUUAAAUAUAUUUUUUGAUAU